AUGGCCUUCCAAAGCGGCAGUGUGCCAGGCAUCAAGACCAUCCUCAUUCACCUGCUGUUGUGCCUGGUCACUUUCUACACAGUCUACUACAUGAUUGGAAGCAUCUGCUCUGGAGCUUUCAGGCUGGACACAUUUGAUGGACUUAUCCCCUUUGAAUUUAACACAGAACCAUCUCACUCAAAUCCCAAAUAUCUGGUGAAUUUGCUGUCCAUGGAACUGACCUACUUCACCAGUGGCCUUCUCUUUGCUGCUCUGCUGAAGCGAUGGGUCUGGGACUACGCCAUCACUGUCACACUCGUCCACGUGGCACUGACGUCUGCAGUGAUGGAACAGUUCCCUUUGGUGUGGCACUGGUGGCUAGCACUUGGCAGUGGCCUCUUUAUCAUGAUUUUCAGUGGACAACUUGUGACCCACUUUGCUUGCCCUGACUCCAGUGAUCCCACUUUGGACAGCUACUGA